CGAUACGACUUAUGGGUAAUAUUGAUAACGUCAAGUCACAAGUGUUAAAAUUAUUAAUAUUUUCAUUGCUAAAGUGAACUGCGCCUGAAUUGGCAUUUGGCGCAGUCUGUAUCGGGAUUUGAAAGUGUAACGCGGCAAAUCGGAGCACAGCGUUACUUCAAAUAAAAAUCGUAAUAGUGAUAUAGUGCACUUAUAAAUAUUUUGUUGUGUAUUUAAACAAUGGCCGAGAAGCAAUUAAAGAAUCGUGUCUGCAUAGUUGGUUCGGGAAAUUGGGGAUCAGCAAUAGCAAAAAUUGUAGGCAAAAAUGCGGCUCGUCUUGCGAACUUUGAAGACAGAGUUACCAUGUGGGUGUAUGAAGAGAUGAUAGAUGGAAAAAAAUUAACAGAAAUCAUAAAUGAAACCCAUGAAAAUGUGAAAUACCUUCCUGGGCACAAACUUCCUGAGAAUGUGGUGGCUGUGCCAGACCUAGUAGAAGCUGCCAAGGAUGCUGAUCUGCUUAUAUUUGUGGUCCCACAUCAAUUUGUUAGAACCAUAUGUUCGACACUACUUGGGAAGAUCAAGCCUACAGCAGCUGCAUUGUCUUUGAUUAAGGGCUUCGACAUCGCUGAAGGCGGUGGCAUCGACCUAAUAUCGCACAUCAUCACGAGGUGCCUGAAGAUCCCAUGCGCGGUGCUUAUGGGUGCCAAUAUCGCUUCGGAGGUAGCCGAAGAGAAAUUCUGCGAAACGACGAUCGGGUGCAGGGACGUGAUGCUGGCUCCCAUGAUGCGGGACAUCAUCCAGACGGAGUACUUCAGGGUGGUGGUGGUGGACGAUGAGGAUGCUGUCGAGAUCUGUGGUGCUCUCAAGAACAUUGUCGCGGUCGGCGCGGGAUUCGUGGAUGGCCUAGGUUUUGGUGACAACACUAAAGCGGCAGUCAUCCGUCUAGGUCUCAUGGAGAUGAUCAAAUUCGUCGAUGUCUUCUACCCGGGCAGCAAGCUUAGUACGUUCUUCGAGUCAUGUGGCGUUGCCGACCUUAUCACAACGUGUUAUGGCGGUAGGAACCGUCGCGUGGCCGAAGCGUUCGUGAAAACUGGCCGCUCCAUAAAGGAGCUGGAAGACGAGAUGCUGAACGGGCAGAAGCUGCAAGGGCCCAUCACCGCGGAGGAGGUGAACCACAUGCUGGCCAACAAGAGCAUGGAGAACAAGUUCCCACUGUUCACGGCUGUGUUCCGCAUUUGCCGCGGCGAGCUGAAGCCGAGUGACUUCAUCGACUGCAUCCGUUCGCAUCCUGAGCACAUGAGACAACUGGGGCCCAAAUGUUCUCUGUGAUACGAGUGAAGCAUCCGGAAUUGUCCGCCAUUAUAAAAAUCAUUUCCCGCGCACCCAUCUGUCAAUGUCAAACGUUCUCCAAUGUUUUUAACAAUAUUUUUUGUAUAGAUACAUUAAUCAUCAAUUAAAAAAAAAUAAGUAAUGCAUUGUUUAUGAUUAUAUUUUUAUUCUUUAUUUUAAAUGUUAUAACAGAAGAGAACGUUAUUCUAUAUCAUGAGCACUAUCAUUUCACAUACAUAUUUUGAUCAUGUUGUGUUUCUGUUUUUUUGUUUACUUUGCGUAGUUUAUGGGGAAACUUUAAGCAUUGACUUGAAUUUAAGGAUUAUAUUAAUUGAAUCAUUGCAUUAUUCACGGGGUUAUUUGUAAUGUCUAGUGUGGUCGUAAGCUUAAGUUUUAUUUGUGCAUUUUUUAAUGUCGUCACUUAUUUUCUUAAUGUGGGUUUAUUGUUGUAUUUUUAAUCGAAAUAAGAAUUUGCUAGUACUUAUGUUAACAACUAACAAAAAUGACGUCAUAAAUAUAACUAUAAAUAUUAAAUUGGGUGCAAUAAGAAAUUGGAUUGUAGAAUUACUUAAUAUGAUUUGAGCCAACUAUAAGUUGAGAAGUAGGGUUAAGACUGGUCUCGUUUAAGGGUUUUUGUGUCAUUUUGUUAUAUAUUAUUGCCAUUUUAGUGUUAUAUUUUUUAAUGACACAAGUAAAGUAUAUAAAUCGUUCAAUACAUAUCUAUAGAAUAAUAACUAUAAAAAAA